AUGACGGGGAAGAAGCCAAUCGUCCUCCGCCUUGGCGAGGACAUCAAGUACAACCACGACUACUACCGAGACGUCUUCACAGACCGCUUCGAGGUCGUGGCAAACGAGGAGCCCGACCGGGCCUCCUUCAUCGCGGCCCUCAAGUCACGCAAGUACGGCGACGUCGCGGCCAUCUUCCGCCCGCACUUCCAGACGGGCGGCGAGAUGGGCCAGUGGGACGACGAGCUGAUCCCCCUCCUCCCGCCCUCGGUGCGCAUCUUCGCCUCCGCCGGCGCGGGCUUCAACUGGGCCGACGUCGACGCCCUCGGCCGCCGCGGCAUCUGGUACGCCAACGGCGCCGGCGCCAGCGACGAGGCCGUCUCCGACACGGCCCUCUUCAUGAUCCUCUCCGUCUUCCGCAACUUCUGGCGCUCCCAGCGGGCCGCGCGCACCUGCGACCCGGACCAGUUCACCGCCAUGCACCGCCUCGUCGGGAGCAUCUCGUGGAACCCGCGCGGCCACGUCCUGGGCAUCGUCGGGCUGGGCAACAUCAGCAAGAAGCUCGCGUACAAGGCGCGGACGGCGCUGGGGAUGGAGAUCCACUACUUCGACGUCGCGCGCUCGCCGGCCGCGGUCGAGGAGGAGCUGGGGGCGACGUUCCACCCGACGCUGCACGAGCUGCUCGCCGUGUCGGACUGCGUGUCGCUGCACACGCCGCUGAACGCGCACACGCAGGACCUGAUGAACAGGGAGGCGUUCGCGGCGAUGAAGGAGGGCGCUAGGCUUGUGAAUACGGCGCGCGGGCAGGUCGUGAACGAGGAGGCGCUGAUUGAGGCGUUGCAGAGUGGGAAGCUGUCUGCUGCUGCGCUUGAUGUGCAUUACCAUGAGCCGCAGGUUUCGAAGGUGCUGGCGGAUAUGGAUAACGUGACGUUGACGUGUCAUAAUGGCGGCGCUGCGCUGACGACGAGGAUGAACUUUGAGUUGAAUGCGAUGAAGAACAUCAUUGAGGUGGUGGGCGCGGACGGACAAUUUAUCGGUGAGCCGUUGACACCCGUAAAUAGGAAAGCAUUCGAGUCGGCUUCGAAGUAA